UCUUUCCUCCGAGAGCGUUGAGUUGCCGCGCGGAUCGCAACGUGACCGAGCGGUCUCGAGCGACGUGAUUCUCGUCAAUUUUCGUCAAUUCUCGUGGCCCGCGAAGUCGGCACCGCGUGCUCGUCCGCGGAGCUCUCGACGAGAAGUGCACGGCAAGGAGAGGAUAGAAAAACAGGGAUCUAGCAAAAAGGACCGCGGCCGUGUCCUUCGGGGAGAGGUGCUAUUUUUAGGCGGUAUAUGCUCGGGCAUAUGUUCUCCCCAACGGCCCCUGCGAUUCUUUCCUAAAAGCGAGCGAUAACCUUUGAUCAAGAAUGGAGAGCGAGCAGCAUCACUAUGAGCUUCGCAGCAGAAGUAGAUCACGUUCCCAUACGCCUAUGGUUCCAAAUCGUCCUCAGCAGGAGCCAGAGGUGACAGAGCGUCAUUAUGAUCUCAGAAACUGGAGCCGGGAGAGAUCUCACACGCCUGGAGAAGUAACCAGUAGCAGAAGGUCUGGCUCUAGAUCAUUAACUGGCAGUGUAAAGACGCAUGAAAAGAACAUGGAAACCAUAGAGGAGAAUAAGGAGGGGUCUGUCACAGAAAGUCUGACGGAUAAUCAAAGCACAAAGUCCGAAGGUUCUGUCGUCACCAUAAAAAAGGCAGAACGUCGGUCGGAACGUCAACGAGCAAAAAGGCAAAUAUUUGUCAAUGGUCAGAGUGAUAGUAAGGAGGACGCAUCUGACAAGAAAGCAGAACGAAGACACAGAAGUGUUACACCACGCAGAGUAUUUACCAGUGACUACUCUUCGGAAGAAGGAGAAAGGGAAGAUCCUCCGAGUAGGCCAGGAUCCGCCUACGAGAUUUACAAGCAGGCUGGUGAAUGGUGGAACGUUUUUCCAAAGACAGAUUAUACGUAUUCGCCGACGUCGCAGUGUCGUUACGAGAUCGCUCCAGGUAUAUUAGCUAUGCCCAAUAUGUCGAGACGGCCUAUACACGUAAACAAUAACGGAAGUAUCGUAUCUCAAACAAGUCAUCGAAAUUUAAGUCAAGCUUCGCGAGGAACGACAGAAAGCGGAAUCAGCGAUAUGGACACGGCUGAUUUGAAAGAGAGAGAGACCGCCUCUCUAACUCAUUCGUUCGGGGAUAGUUACGACAUGUCACGCGCGGGUAUGUCGAAUUCUACAGCAAAAACGACUUUGUACAAGAAGACACACGUAAAACAAUAUACAAGUCACAAAGAAAUAAUUUAUUCGGAUCCAAGAUGUUCCUCAAAUUUUCGGUCAAGCUACUUAUCGUGGGCGAAUACUCCAAUUCGAAAGUAUGAUACAUCUCAUGUUGAUUCUGAUACCGAUUUGGAUGAUACUUACGUAAAAUCAUCGAUCAAAACUAAUCAAAGUUGGAGGGUCGUGCAAUGGUUCACAUAUUUUACAACCUUUAUUGUCACUUGCUUCAGGAAAACUGUCGAAUUCUUCAAGUUUAAAACGGACGGGAAAAGACAGUAUUAUGUUUCACAAGCUUAUCGAUCAUCUAAUGAAUCCAAAUGGAGCUUAUUGUGGCAAACUUUGGACCGUUAUACGCACAAUAUGUACUUUUUCUUCGUCAGAAUGCUUGUACUCGAUACUUGGCUGUUGAGUCGAUUCACUGGCGUUAGGAAAUGGCUACAAGAGAAAGGCCCAAAGAUUCUAUGGAUCACACUUUUACCAUUACUUCUUUUGUUUGGUGGUUGGUGUAUAGUACAAUGUUUGUCGCUUCUCUCUGACGCUACAACUGUGACUGAAACAGCAGUAGAAAAAUCAUUAAAUAAUGUACAAUGGGAGGACCGUCGAAAUAAAAUUAUUGAAAAAAUAUUGACUGACAAUGAAACAAUUGAAGAAAAUUUUGUUAACAAAGCUGAUUUAGUCAACAGGAUAGAAAUGCUUGAGAAUAGACAGACGCAUCAAAUGGACUAUCUUAUUAAUAUUACUCGAACUGUAGAAGAUCGUAAGCAAAGCGAUGCCGCUUUCCGGAAGGAGUAUGCUGACAAAAUUAUUAAUGUGGAAAAUAAACUAGGUGUCAGCGAAUUAAAAGAUAUAGCAUACAGCGAACUUGAAGUUAUUAAAGACGAAUUAGAAGAAUUACGCAAAUUGUACUCAGAAUUAAAAUCUUGUUGUAACGCCAAUGCAAAAUCCAUAAAUCAGGAUAUAGAAAAGCACGUAGAAAAAAUUUUACUUAGCUACUUUCCUUCCGGAAUUUCGAAAGAAGAUCUCGGGCAAAACUUGCAGAGUUUACUUGCAUCUCAUAACAGAGAAGCUCAAAAAGUUCUUGAUAAUGCAAAUGUUCAUACUUCGGACGAGCAUGUACGCAAGAUAGUAAAGGAAGUUUUGCGAAUUUAUGACGCGGAUAAAACGGGUCAAGUAGAUUAUGCUUUGGAAACGGCAGGCGGUCAGAUUAUUAGCACGCGAUGCACUCAGCGAUAUGAUAUAAAGUCGAGAGCCUUCAGUUUGUUCGGUUUCACAUUAUAUUACGAGAGCAAUAAUCCGCGGACAGUAAUACAGGGAAAUCCGAUACAACCUGGCGUUUGUUGGGCCUUCCAAGAUUUUCCCGGAUUCCUCCUGAUACAAUUGCGAAGUUUCAUUUAUGUAACUGGUUUCACUCUGGAGCAUGUGCCUAAAUUGAUUUUACCAAAUGAAAACAUGUCGAGUGCGCCCAGAAAAUUCAACGUCUGGGGAUUAUUGAAUGAAAACGAUCUUGAGCCAGUGAUGUUCGGGGAGUACGAAUUCACGUAUUCCGAUGAAAGUUUGCAAUAUUUUCCAGUUCAGAACACAGAGAUCAAUAAACCAUACGAAUACAUAGAAUUGAGGAUACAGACCAAUCACGGGCAACUAGACUACACGUGUUUAUACAGAUUCCGCGUUCACGGAAGACUAGCUUAGGAAUUGAUCGCGCCAAGGUUCCUUUUCACAAGACAUUCGUAAAAUCGUUCAAGCAGUAGUAAGAACGAGCCACAAUCUUCUCCAAUACGUGCCUUCGAUUACCGUUAACGAUAAACGUAAAAAUUGGCGCGAUUUGCCGCAGCACCUGUAACUAUAAUUGUUAAUAGAGCGAUUAUUUAACGCUUUUGUAAUAGAUUUUCAACGAAACGAUCUCGAAACACUUUAUACAUACGCGCCGAUAUUUAAUACACACGAGACGGAAACCGUUUCCGUCACCAUUUAAACGCGUUGAACGCUGUAUAUACAUUUAAUAAUUUAACCGAUUAAGAAGAUUGCACGAUUGAUCGGAUCAAGCAGGAAAACUCACGGGUAUCGGCCCGAUAGUGUUCCACAGUUAUGCCUAUAUAUAAAUAUCUUCACUAUAUGGCCUUGCUGUAGCAGUUACCCGAGUAAUGUACUCUGAAAGAAAAAGAAGCAAUUUCGUAUACAUCUUCUCUUUAACAACGUGAGAGAUCGAUAAAAAGUUAGAAGCUAAAAAGAAUGGACAGAAGUAACUAAGGGAAUCUCGGAAGUUCUCUUCAAAAAGAGAGAGUUUUUGCCUGUGUAUGCGUCAUGUAAAUAACAGAUUUGGUAGCAUCACGUGCAAGACUGACACUUCAAAAGUUACCCCAAAGCUGAGUGUGAGUCAUAAUAUUCGCAAUAACGCGACAGUACAAAUUGUAAGGGAUAGUAAGAGCAAUUAUUUCUAAUUAAGUUAAUUACUAAGUUUUAAGUGUGCAACACCAUGAGUGGUCUUCGCCAUCUUUGUAAGGAUUUAGUGAUUAAAACGCGGCAGUUAACACACAUUGUAUACAUAUAAUAGAUAUUUAUAAGAUAUUCAAAUAAGUUCUCAAUUCUUUUUUUUUAUUUCAAGAUUGCGAUGCGCAUCGUUUUUGCUUCGUAAUUAUUUAGUGUCGUUGGCGAUGGGUCGAUCCUUGCCAAUGUCGAAAAUGCGAUUAUCACCGCGUUUUUUUUUUUUACCAUCUUUCCGUACGCGCUAGCCGCUAUAUUUAAAUAAAAUUUCCAAAUAAAAAUUGCGUUUUACUCGA